CACACACACACACACCAGGUGCUCUGAAAGCUGGUGAAGUGUUGGGAGAUCACCACAUGCACAUUAUGAAAACAUGACAUUUUGGAAGCGUCUUGUAACUGGUGAUGUAAGUCAGCAGAAAAGAACAUGUGAUGAUCAACAGGUCCCUCCAUCAUCCCUUCCCGGACAGAAACACCGCUGCACACAGUUCCUGCUCAUUGUUCCCACAGAACCGUUUCCUCCGGGACGCUUCCAGCCCCACGGAGCGCGGAGUGGACCAGGAUAAUUCCUGGAAACACUAAAUGGGGGCUGGGAAUGUGCUGGCUGUAAAACGCUUCUUUCUUCUCGGCCUGGGCUUGAUUGGCCCGGCGCCCCGCCCACUCGCUGCUCCUCCAUUGGUCCAGAGCUCCAUCAAUCUGCUGAUGUGCAUGUCCCACUCAAGUUUGAAACUUUUUUUUUUUUUUUUUUACAAGUGGGAGGACUCGAGUUACAACAAACUCUUGUAAGCGAUCUGACCAGCGAGAGAGCAGAACACUGAAUAAUUCACACAUCUGUGCCUGGGUCCCGGUUACAGAGCAGAGGAGGACAUUUUCUUCGUGCAGAACCCGACACAACGAGCACAAACAUGCUGUGAAGCGACGUCUCCCUGCGCUGCCAGGAUGAGGACUUGAGAGCUUUCCUCCGCAUUAACUUGACAUCUCGCUCCACACACACUCCACCGAGACCUGACGAUGGACUCCUUCAGCACCAAGAGCUUGGCUCUGCAGGCGCAGAAGAAGCUGAUGAGCAAGAUGGCCACCAAGAGCAUGGCCAACCUCUUCAUUGACGACACCAGCAGCGAAGUGCUGGACGAGCUGUACCGCGUCACCAAGGAGUACACCCGAAACCGCAAAGAGUCCCAGAAGAUCAUUAAGAACCUGAUCAAGAUGGUGGUGAAGCUGGGGGUUCUCUAUAGAAACAAUCAAUUCAACAGCGAGGAGCUGAUCCUAGUGGACAACUUCAGGAAGAAAGUCCACACUCUGGCCAUGACGGCGGUCAGCUUCCACCAGAUAGAGUUCACCUUUGACCGCCGCGUCAUGAGCGCCAUUUUGAAUGAGUGUCGGGAACUGCUGCACCAGGCCAUCAAACGCCACCUGACAGCCAAGAGCCACUCGAGAGUCAACCACGUCUUCAAUCACUUUGCCGACUGUGACUUCCUGGCCACUCUGUACGGGCCCUCGGAGGUUUAUCGCGCCCACCUGCAGAGGAUCUGCAACGGCGUCAACAAGAUGCUCGACGACGGGAACCUCUGACCCCCCGUUUGCCUCGUCUUCAGGCACCUUUACCUCUAGUCGCCCUUCAUGUAUCAUCUUGUAGGAUUUAUUUUCUAAGGUGACAAUCGUGAACUUUUUUAUUCUUCCAUUUGUUGAGUUUGUUUUUGCGUCUUUCGCAUAUUAUUGUAACACUGAAAUUUUCUGUGCUAGUUACUCCAAAGUCUGUUUUUUUUUUGUUUUUUUAUCUCGUCUGACUUUCUGUUAUUUUACAGUAAACAAAACCCAGCAUUUUUCUCUUUGUUUUAAAUGAAUGUAAAACUUCAUGCUCUUCAGUAUAUUCAGGGGUAGGAGCCUUGACAACUGUGCCUUGAACAUUUUUUCCUUUAUUCCAAGGGCACUGCAUCGGUGCUCUGACAUAAUCAAAACGAUAUGAAUUCAGGCACAGGCCUCCAGUUAUAUCUCUGUUUGGUGCCUUUUUAAUGGACGACAAUGUUUCCAGGUGCACCAGAGGAGGAAGGAAAGUGAAUUUCCAUCUUUUCUAAAUAGUCUGUUUUUGUUUUGUGUUUUCCUAAAAGUAGUAUUGCACUCAAUCCUGAACAAGCGCUGUACUGUACUUGUCCUGCAACAGGGAGACCAUGUGAAGCAUGGCGGUCGAGUAAUCCUGCUUAGGCUGCAUUUUGAAGCUCUCACCAUCAUGCACUGAACUCCACUUUGUAAGAGAGGCUCGGCUUGUGUUUAGAAGGCACCUAUAAACCCGGUUUUCCCUUUAACGCUCUGGUUUAUAGCCGCCACAACCAAGAUGAAGUAUUUGGGUCAUAAGGGGACCCUAAACGUGAAGGAAUUUGAUUGUGUUGUGUAUUGCUAAUUGUCCCAGCGCUGACUCGAGCGCCUCAUUGACUGUGCGCUCAUCAUCGCAGCAAAGGAGCGGCACACCGUUGCGCCAGGUGCAAAGAUUUCUCUGGUAUUGUUUUUUAUCAGAUGAGGAAAAAAUCUGUAAAAUAAUAACUGUCGUUGCCCUGGGGUCAGCUGCGUUGUGUUUAUCCUAAAAACUCUGGUUUGAAAUACGAUGGAUAUGAACUAGAAAGACUCCCCAUGCAGCUCGGUGUCUGUGGACCGAGCCGGGUCUAGUUAUUAGAGCAGAGACAAACACAGAACAUGAUUGUACUCUCCCUCUGCAAUUAUAGCUCCCAGCUCUGGGGUGGUAUAAUGGCCUGCAGCCUGCCUACGUCGACUAGUCCCUCCAUUUCAUCACAUGGCAGCGUUCAUGUUUUGUGAUGGACGUAACCAUCUCUGUUUGCACAAUGCAAAUCCUUUUUAUGGCCUGAAAGCUGUUGUGUUUCUUCCUUGUGAAGGAACAUUUCACAAAACCUCACAUAAUAGCCAUCUUUCCUUGUUUUUUUUUUUUGUGUUUGUAUCACUGAGCCUGUCUGGGAGACUGUUUUGUGCUGCGGCCUCAUUUUGUAUUCUGUGUGUGUGUGUGUGUGUUUGUGUGCAUACCUGUGAGAGAAUUGGAAAUUGAGCUGUGUAAUAAGCGCUGUGCUUCUCCAGAUAGGUUUGCUGAAACUUCUAUUUCAUCCACAGCAGCUCUGCCAAAGAUAAGGUGACUGAUGCUACUCAAUAUGCUCUUUAUUUUUUUCCCCCCUGAGAGGAACACUUCAGAAAACAGUAUGCACUUGAUACUUAAAACCCUGGUAAUGGUGAUUAAUGAAGACAAAGGUGAUUUCAGUCCCUUUUUUUUUUUUUUUUUUAGCUCUUACACGACUUCCCUGAGUUUGCUCUUGUUUGUUUAAAUCUGACUGAGGCUUUGACAGAAAUCCUUUUCUCUAAGUCCCUGAGAACCGUUGACUUUAAUUGUCUUUUGGAUGCCAUUUUCUCCAAUCCCCCCACAUCUCAGGGUUAAGUUUUAAUCUCCCUAGUUUCAAAAUCCACCACGAUUGAAAGAUUAGGAACCUCUGCCGAAGCCUCAACUUAUUUUAACUAAAGCCCUCAAAUGAAGCAUAUGUUUCAUGUUGCGUUUUUACUAUCGAGAAUUGUGAAAUGUUUGUAUUUUCGCUCAUGUACAUAUCAUUGUUUUUGUUUCUCUGUAUUGUAUCCAGACACGACAAAUAUAAUACAAUCUACUUUUUUAAAA